AUAAACGCGGGUCACUCUCACACAUGUCGUUCCUCUUCGGUGGCGAUGCUAAACCAGAGAUCCGACCGGGGAUGGAUUUAGAAGAAGCUUUUCAGGUCGUCGGUGAGUUUGGACCCUACCAGAAGCGGGCGGUGGCUGUCCUCGUCCUGACACAGGUUUACAUGGCCUGUCAGUCCAUGCUGAUUGUCCUGGUUGGAUCUACACCAGAGUACCGGAUCAAGCAGCACGACGGCGUCCCACUCAGCCAGCAGGAGCUCCCCCAACACGUCAUCUUUACAGAGGACAUCGAUUCCAUAGUGACCGAGUGGUUUCUCAUCAAGCAGCAGGCCUAUAAGGUCAGUCUAGCUGGAUCACUGUUCUUUGCCGGGCUUCUGGUUGGAAACGUCGUCUUUGGGCCGCUGUCUGACAAGAUCGGCAGGAGGCCUGUCUACCUGACAGGUCUGUUUUUUGAGGUGGUCUUUGGUUAUGUGACGGCGUUAGCGCCCAGCUAUGAGGUCUUUGCCGUGUCUCGUCUCCUGGUAGGGCUGAUGAACGGCGGCAUCGGUCUGGUUUGCUUCGUUCUUACUCAGGAGUAUGUGGGGAAGUCCUACUGGGCCAUGACCGGGACGUUCACCAGUAUGACUUUUGCCGUGGGCAUAGCCCUGUUUGGAGCUCUGGGCUACUUCAUCCGACCGUGGAGGAGCUUGGCCACGGUGGCCAACUCGUCCGGUGUCCUGUUCUUCCUACUGUCUGUCACUCUUCCAGAGUCUCCUCGAUGGCUCUAUUCUCAGGGCCGGACGGAGCGAGCCGAACAGGUUCUGCGUUACAUUGCACUGAGAAACGGCAACGCUGCAAAUCACCUGACGCUGCAGCGAGUUGGCGCUGCUAAAGCUGGUCACCAUGACAACGGGGGCACAGGUGUCCUGCAGCUGGUGAUACACCCAGUCCUCCGUCUGAGGACCAUGGUGCUCAUGUAUGUCUGGUAUGCGUGCAGUCUGGUGUACUAUGGUCUGACUCUGGGGGCCAGUGAGACCUCUGGUAGCCGUUAUGUUAAUGUGGCCAUGUACGGUCUGGUGGAGCUGCCCGCCUACCCCCUCUGCAUAUACUUCAUCAACAAACACUGGGCUGGGAGGAGGAAGAGCAUGGCCAGCUUCCUGUGUCUGGCUGGCUCCGCUUGCCUCUGCACCAUGUUCAUCCCUGAAAACACAGGGACUUUGCUGAGUGUCACGUCUUUGGCUCUUCUGGGGAAACUGAUGGUCAGUGCAGCGUUUAACAUCGCCUACGUCUACACCUCCGAGCUCUACCCAACAGUUAUCAGGAACGCAGGUUUAGGGGUGUGUUCCAUGUCGUGCAGAGUCGGAGGAAUUCUCGCACCAUUUGUUCCUUCCAUGCGGGCUCUCCACACAUCCAUGCCCUUCACUGUGUUCUGUCUGAGCGGACUGUCCGCGGGCUGCCUGGGCCUCCUGCUGCCUGAAACCCUCGACGGACCCGCAGGAGACACUCUGGAGGAGCUCAGCAGCCCCACCCACAGCCGAGUGCUGGAGAGCAAGGCUCUUUUGUAUGAAGAUGACGAAUGGAGGUCAAACCACAAGUGAAGGCGGCAGCCUCGUCUUCAUCAGCGCAGCAGCUCAGGACACACUGUCCUCAUCUCAUUCCUUAUGGAAGUACUGCCUCAAAACGGUGAACUGUCCCUUUAAUUGACCUGAAGGGCCAAUCACUGAGUUCCCGUUUACGUCUGUGAAUUAUGACAUUCCAGAUGAUGCCGUGGUGUCGAUUCUGAGCAGCACACUGCCUUCAAGGAAGAGGGCGACAGACUCCUCGUGUCUAAUUUUACAGAAAAGACAGACAGUCCUCUUCCUUUUUUACUGUCCCCUGAACAUUGUCAUGGUGUUUGUGCCUUAUUUGGUGGCAGACAGAGGAGAGAGGCAGGAAAGAAACGACAGGACAGAUAAGGUAAGUUGGAAAAUGCAACUUGCUGCUUUCACAACUGUGAAACACUCCACCCCCCCCCACGAGUCUGAGAAGACUCAGACACUUGUGAAAAAGAGGAAGGUGGUAAUGAAAGUUUAAACACUAAAAGCAAACAACAAAAACAUUAAUUGUGAAUCAGGAAUCAAUCAAAGCAUCACAGUGGAGCACAGCAACCUUUCUGAGAGACUCCCCCCCCCCAUAAUGAUUCAGUGUGAGUGAGACUGAACAGAUUGGAAGAUGGAAACACUCUGUAGACGUUCUGCGUUCUGUGCCUUCUUAUGUCGCCUUUAACACUGAAGAUGUUAAUACACUCUGAAUUAUUAACAUGAAAAAUAUUAUUAGAUAUUAUUGAUGUUAUUAAAACUAUUAAUAUACAAGAAGACCAAUGUUUCCUAAGAUGUUUUAUGUACAGUCAUUUUGUAUAGUGUGUACAGUUGUUUAUUAUGUAGAAAUACUGUAUGUAUAAUGAUAUCUGUGGGUAAUGUUGUUUAUGCAGUAAACAGCUGAGAUCGUUCUCCUCUCUCUGGUGUUGGAUGUUGUUCAGUGUGUGCUGAUGUAGAGAAGCUGCAGUGGUUCUGCUUCUGGCUUUACUGAACAUAAUUUAACUUAUUGUGCUGAGUAAACAUCAUUUUCUCAUCCUGCCAUCGUUCAGCCUCACAUCAGCCAACACACAUCGCUUGGUUUUGUGUGUUUGUGUUAGUUUUUAAAGCCACUGAAAUGAACCCACAACUUAAUACACAGAUUCAGCACAGAAGUUACAUUCACACUGUGAAUAGAAGCACAGAUGUUAGACAGUAUUUUUCAGUUGCUCUUUGGUUUCUGUUCUAACCAUGUGAUUAUGAAUUUCGCCAUAAGGAUGAAAGAAGAACUCACGGAGGGAAGUGAACGGGUUGAUGAACACAUGACAAAGCAAGAGCACUGAAAAGUAUUUGUGAUAUUUGUGUGCGGCUGAUCAGGCACCAUUUCUAAAGGGAUCCUCAGA